CCGGGUUUGAACCUAGGACCUCCUGUCUCUAGGCCUGACUCUCACUCCACUGAGCUACCCAGCUGCCCCCUGUGUAUCAUUUUAUUCAAGAUUUGCAGGCUGGCCCCCAUUCCCCUCAAGUCGGGCUGAAGCGGUGCAGUGCCUUGAGCCUGGGCCCGCUCCGCCAUGCCCCCCAAGAAACAGGCUCCGGCUGGGGGCAACAAGAAGGCGGAACAGAAAAAGAAGGAGAAAAUCAUUGAGGACAAAACUUUUGGUUUGAAGAAUAAGAAAGGGGCAAAGCAACAGAAGUUCAUCAAGGCUGUGACUCAUCAAGUUAAAUUUGGUCAACAGAAUCCACGACAGGCUGCACAAAAUGAAGGUGAUAAGAAAUUAAAGAAAGAUGACAAGAAGAAAGAACUUCAGGAGUUAAAUGAACUAUUCAAACCUGUAGUUGCUGCUCAGAAAAUAAGUAAAGGUGCAGAUCCCAAAUCUGUAGUAUGUGCAUUCUUUAAGCAAGGGCAGUGUACUAAAGGAGAUAAAUGUAAGUUCUCCCAUGAUUUGUCUCUAGAAAGAAAAUGUGAAAAACGAAGUGUUUAUAUAGAUGCACGAGAUGAAGAACUUGAAAAGGAUACCAUGGAUAAUUGGGAUGAGAAAAAGCUGGAAGAAGUAGUGAACAAGAAGCAUGGUGAGGCGGAAAAGAAAAAACCAAAAACUCAAAUAGUGUGCAAGCACUUUCUUGAUGCUAUUGAAAACAACAAAUAUGGCUGGUUUUGGGUUUGCCCCGGAGGUGGUGAUAAUUGUAUGUACCGUCAUGCUCUUCCUCCUGGUUUUGUAUUAAAAAAAGAUAAGAAGAAAGAAGAAAAAGAAGAUGAAAUUUCAUUAGAAGAUCUAAUAGAAAGAGAGCGUUCUGCUUUAGGACCAAAUGUUACCAAAAUCACUUUAGAGUCUUUUCUUGCAUGGAAGAAAAGGAAAAGACAAGAAAAGAUUGAUAAACUUGAGCAAGAUAUGGAAAGAAGAAAAGCAGACUUUAAGGCAGGAAAAGCACUAGUGAUCAGUGGCCGAGAAGUUUUUGAAUUUCGUCCUGAACUGGUUGAUGAUGAUGAUGAAGAAGCAGAUGAUACUCGAUAUACUCAAGGAACUGGUGGUGAUGAGGUUGAAGAUCUAAUAAGAGUAAAUGAUAUAGAUUUGAGCCAAUAUAUCCCAAAGGAUGUGGAUGAGACUGGUAUUACUGUGGCUAGUCUUGAAAGAUUCAGUACAUAUACUUCAGUAGAGAAGGACGAUAAUAAAUUGAGUGAAGCUUCAGGAGGUGGGGCAGAAAAUGGAGAACAAAGUGAUUUGGAAGAAAAUAAUGAAGAACAGGAAAAUGGAGUGAUUGGUGCUGUUCCUGUUGAUGAAAACCUUUUUACUGGAGAGGAUUUGGAUGAACUUGAAGAAGAAUUAAACACACUUGAUUUAGAGGAAUGACAGCAAGCAAGUCAGAUGAAAAAAUUGUCAGCUCAGCAUAAAUUGAAAUUGACUACAUUAAUUUUUUUUCUCCUGUCUAGAAUUCUUAAACAAGAUGUUUAUGGUUUCUCACACUGAUUUCAGGAGGCACCCCCUCCUCAAAUCCCUCUUCCCCUCCCCCCAAAAAAGGAGUAUUCACCCUUAUCACCUCUAUUCUGACCUUGACUACACCUCUAUAGUAAGUUCAGAGUAGGUCAUAAGUAAUCUGAAAUAUAAUGGUCAUUACAGAAAAGAUUUUGUAAAUAAUUGAAGUAGGAAGUAUAAAUGCUUUUUUCCAACUUGUGAGUUUUAUUGGGCAUGUGUUAUUACCAAGUACAACAUACAUAUUGAAAAUAUCCCUCAUUUAAGCUGCAUCUUUUUAAUGAGUGGUUUGAUUUACUUUGUAUUUAUAUAUUAAAAAAAAAAGACUGCCUAAAAUAAGAGCACUGUACUUCAUAAAUAGACAACUUAUGCAGAUUCAGUGUUACAUUUCUUUGGAUAAUUAAUCAGAUGGACAUUAAAGAUGCAAGUUCUUUAAACUGACAGCAUCAUCUGGAAUGCCCUCUGUAAGCCGGUUUAAAUUUUCCCUCUGCCUUUUUGCCAACAAAGUUGUAAAUAAAGACCAUCAAACGUUAAAAAAAAAAAAAAAAAAAAAAAAAAAAAAAAAAAGAUUUGCAGGCUGUCAAUGAUUAUGUUAUUAAAACUCAUCCAGUUGUACCAAGUCCCAUGGCUAUAAUUUCUUCCAUUCCAAGCCAGGCAAGAUAUUUCACUGUGGUAGACUUAUGCUCAGCUUUCUUCUCUAUUCUCUUUUAUGAAGAUUCUCAAAAGAUCUUUGCUUAUACUUGGGAGAAGACACAGGGAAUGUGGACUUGUUUGCCUCAAGGGUUCACGUACUCCCACUCCCAAAGUCAAUUUUCACAAAUUUUAGAGAUUUUAAGACUAUAAAACAUUCAAGGAGAGCAAAUUGGUGCAUUUUUGUGGAUGAUAUUCUCCUUGCAUUUCCCAAAUGUUAAAGUGUGCCUUAGAGAUAGCAGAGUUCUUUUGUUGGAAUUGUAAGUGUGGGCAUAAGAUCUGCAAGGCAAAAUUACAGUGGGUUUUGCCUACAGUGCAAUAUCUAGCUUGUGUUAUCAUAGUGUCUUGGUCUCUGCCCAGGGUUCUCCUAGUGCCUGCUUUUCAUUUAAAAAAAAAAAAAAAAAAGCUUUGAAUCAUGUUUUGGUAAG